GUGUGUGCAACAUGCGGAAAAACGUUUUCUCGAUACACUUCGUUAGCAGCUCACAAUAAAACUCACAGUGGAAUAAAAUCACAUCAAUGUACGAUUUGUGGUAAGGCUUUAGCCGGGGCACAGUCUCUGGCAUUGCAUAUGAAGAUCCACGAAGGUAUUAAAGAUCAUAAGUGUGAAUAUUGUGGUAAAGGAUUCUAUACACUAUCAAAUAUGAUUAUUCAUCGAAGAAUUCAUACUGGUGAGAAACCCUAUGGAUGUAAAGAGUGUGGAAAGUGUUUUUCUGAUGCGUCGAGACUCACGGUACAUUCUAGGAUACACACAGGUGUAAAACCGUAUAGAUGUGAGGUUUGUAAGCGUGGAUUUGUGAGUUCUUCUCAGUUGAAGAAACAUUCAAGGAUUCAUACGGGUGAGAAGCCGUAUAAAUGCACAAUGUGUGUUAAAGCAUUUUUGAGAUCACAUGAUUUACGGAUUCAUAUAAAAACGCAUACUGAUGAUCGCAGUUACAAGUGUAACGUGUGUAAUAAAGGUUUUUAUCAAUCAUCUACGCUAAAAGUGCACAUGAGGAUUCACACUGGAGAAAAACCAUACAAGUGCAAUAUUUGUGAGAAGAAAUUCUCACAAACAGGGUCUUUGUAUACACAUAUGAAGACGCAUGAUGUUUUGAGUGUGAUUGAAGCUGAAAAUGGUGUAAAUUCGGUGAAUUCUUUGAAUAUUAUUGGUAAAGAUGACAGUAUAGAAGUUUUUACUGAGUAAAUUGUGAUUAAAACAAUUUAAUUGUGUAUAAAUUAUUAAAAAAUGAAAUAUAUCUUAUAUUUUACUUGUC